AUGGAUCCCUCACAAUACUUCCAGCACCAUCACCGCCACUCUCAACACCACUAUCACCACAAGUCGCUAUCGCAGCAACAGUCGUCCGCCUCCCUCUCGUCGACGAACCGCGGAACCCCGCCGUUGCAUACUCAUCUCCCCUCCUCUUCCUCUAUGCCGUUGAGGACGGCCAACAGUACCCCGAUGUCCUCUCCAGGACUAUUCAGCCCUUCGGCUUCUCGACAAAAUCUCGUCACCUCCGUGUCCGAAAACAAUACCCCUCCUAAUUACGCACAGAGCCCUCUUUUGCACCCUUUGCAGUUGCACAAAGUUCGAGAGACACACAAGGCCCUCAUCGACUCAGAUACUGCUACCGGUCGGAAGCUCAUCAACCAAUAUGAAGUGAUCGAAGAGAUUGGCCGUGGAAUGCACGGCAAAGUCAAGCUAGCCCGCAACCUCGAGACGGGCGAAAAUGUGGCUAUCAAGAUCAUUCCACGUUUUUCUAAAAAGCGACGCCUCGGAAAGGUUACAGCCAAGUCCCCCCAGGACAAGACGAAAAAGGAAAUCGCCAUAUUGAAGAAGAUACGUCAUCCUAAUGUGGUUGCACUCCUCGAAGUCAUCGACGACCCUGAACUCAAGAAGAUUUACAUGGUCCUUGAACACGUGGAACUCGGCGAAGUUGUUUGGCGCAAGAAGGGCCUUCCUCAUAUUUGUCUCGCCGAACGACGUCGCAUAGAACGCGAGAUGCGAGGCGAACUUCCAACCCCUGAAGAGGAUCGCUACGAGCAGCUACUCGAGCAUCGCCAGGCCAUCAAGCAAAUGAAGCGAGCCAGGAUGGCUCAAAACUAUCCAGGCCAGAUGAACUGGAGUUUCGAAAAUGGAGGAGCCGAUGAACCUAGCAGCAGCCUCGGGAGUCAAUCUCGUUUAUCUUCCAUGCAGGACUUUGCCAUGAGUGAUGGACCACCAUCCAGACCUACGUCACGCCAAACGUUCCGAGACGAAUCGAGAAGACAGUCACGUUCGCGAUCUAUCGUUUCCUCGACCCGUGCUGUGGAAGACCCUGACGAGUUCCUUCCCUCAGACGACGAUAUGGAAACCCCGAACGCCCUUCGAUCUAAUCCCACAUCAAGUACUGCACUGGAUGGUACUAUGUACGGUACUAUGUACGGUCCUUAUGUUGACGAAGGCUUCCGUGGUCGUUCUCCCAGCAUGGCUGAUUCAAUCAUAUCUCACAUGUCAUCUCUCGAUUUCAACCCUCAGCAGCACGACCCUUUCUCAGACGACUUCUCUUACGUGCCGUGCUUCACCUUCGAGCAGGCACGAUCUACCUUCAGGGAUACAGUUUUAGGAUUGGAGUAUCUACAUUAUCAGGGAGUUGUCCAUCGAGAUAUUAAGCCAGCAAACCUUUUAUGGAGCAGGGACCAUCGCGUGAAAAUCUCCGAUUUUGGUGUUUCCUACUUCGGGCGGCCUAUCCGCGAUGGCGAACCUGAUGAUACAGUAUCCGAAUCGGAAGCCAAAGAUUUUGAUGACGACCUUGAACUUGCCAAGACAGUCGGCACCCCAGCGUUCUUUGCUCCCGAGUUGUGCUAUACCGAUCUCGACACAGAACAGCCCAAGGUUUCCGAACAAAUCGAUGUUUGGUCUCUUGGUGUGACUCUCUACUGCCUGAUAUUCGCCAGGAUACCUUUCCUCGCCGAGGAUGAAUUUCAGAUGUUCCGAAAGAUCGCCACGGAGGAAGUAUAUAUUCCUAGGCGCCGCUUGAUGCCCGUUCACCCCUCAACUUCGCCAGCCGCAACAUCCCUCUAUAAGCGUCAAAACAUGCAUCCCUACCGUGACGACAACGAUCUGGCUUACGAAGAAGUCGACAACCUUCUCAUCGACCUCUUGAGACAGAUGCUUACCAAAAAUCCGGAGAGACGCAUUCGACUUCGGGACAUCAAGCGCCACCCAUGGGUUGUUCAAGAUAUCAUGAACCCUAUCGGAUGGCUUGAUGAUACCGACCCCGCCCGUCCUUCUUCUGGUCGAAGAAUCCAAGUUGAUGAACGGGAAAUGUCAUCAGCUGUUGUACCUCUCACCUUCCUCGAACGUGCUCGUUCGGUGGUCAAGAAGGCUGUCGGUAAGGUAAUGCACCCCCUGGUGGAACGAAGUGAUAGCAAAACGCGACAUCGUGCCAACAGUAGUGCCGCUAGUUCCGCCGGCGACAACAUGAGUAUGUACAAUAAUGGACCUCCGACUCCUCAACAACAAUAUCGGGACACACGCCGGAAGAGCCUUCGGCCUGACGAUUACUUUGCGAUCGCGAUGCGGGAUUCCGAACACCCUCUCUCGGUCAGUCAGGCGGUUAGUCCACAGCCCGAAUCUGUCAUCUACGAUCCUUUGGCGACUGUCUUACCUGAAACUGGAACUUAUCGAGGCCAUGUGCAUGCCCACAGCGAGAGCGAGUCGGCUCGUGAAUCCGAGAAGACUGUAUCGACAGCCUCAUUUUGGCCAUUUCAUCGCCAUGCACACAGUCACGGACAUGUCAAGUCUACCCAACACUUCUUAUCUCUAACCCCUACCGUGCCCAUUUCGCAGACCACCCCUUCUACGCCUGGCUUCUAUAAUCAGUCUGAUGGCCAAGAUGACUCUGGAGCUGAGACCAUCCGCAAGACUCGUGAUAUGGACGCAAUCGAUUCGAUGGAUGAAAGCUCUCGAUCAAAGUCCGUUGACAGGGGACUCUUCUCCAGCUCCGACAAGCGCGCUGAACCGAAAGUUGGUGUGAACACCACGGUUGCCCCAGGUAGUGUUCAAGCGCCGUCUCGCCAUGGACGAGGCCCUGUCAAGUCCGUUGACUUGGGCAGUACGUCGCACUACAGGCCGCUUGAAGCCUCUCUGCUCUCUUCAUCACUUGCUGCCGCGGUCGUGCAACACUCCAACAACCAAGACUUGAGCAAAUUUGGGCAGGCACACAGCACCAAAGCCAGGCCUCGAUCUCUUCAGCGCAUGGAUAGUGCCCCUAUUCCAAGAGUAACCCCCCCGCGACAUUCAGAAGAGCUUUGCAUGAAGCGAGCUGAGCGGCCACAAGCUGAGCAUAUCAGCUUUUCUUGCCCGCCCUCACCUAUUCAGGAGGAAUGGACUCGGGAUGAAUUUCUUCCUCGUGCAGACACCAUGCCCACUACCAAGUCGUCAAGCGUCGAUUCCAUGGAAGCCCUGGCCACACCUUCAACCAGCCCGAGUGAAGUUACCAGCCCUAUCUCAGCUCUCCCUUCCACGGCUAGCACCUCUGAGCGGAUGUUGGCAUUCCAAUCUGAUCCCUCUCUGCCAGCUCUACUCAGUGGCGCCAGCUCCGUCUCGGCUGAUAUGGAAGCCGAGCUUCUAUGUAAACCAGGCAUCGUCAGCGCACAUCCUCAAUUGCUCGAGACCACCGACAGUCUGACGCCACCGGCGUUUGACAAGGAGCCCGAUAGCUACCCUAUUAAUCAUUAUUAUGACAACCAUCCUUCCAUAGAUGGUGGGUCUCUUGCUGUACAUUUGGAAGGUGGUGCUCGAGACUCCAUCACAAGUACUCCUGUUGCGCGACCUGUUGAAGAUGACUUCGACGAUGAUGGUAGUGAUGAUGAUGGAAUACUGCUCAUGGCGUCAUCAAAGAAAAAGCCAGUGCAAACCACAUCACGGCCUCGAGUCUCAGGCCCUCGAAGACGCGAUACCAAUAUUAGCAUUGCAAGUACUGAGACUGCGAAGAAGGUGCCGACGUCUGCAUACGGUGACGAGGGGACGUCACCCUAUGAAUCAUGA